AUGCAGUCUCAGAGGAUCCCGGGGAGAAAGCGAGGCCGACCCCCACUUCACUCAACACCUAUGAAGAUGGCAGUUCAUAACCUUUAUUCUGCUUCAGCUGGUUCUUUACCAGCAGUGAAGAUCCCAAAGAAAAGAGGGCGGAAACCCGGGUACAAGCUCAAGUCUCGGGUUCUCAUGACGCCUUUAGCCCUCUCACCCCCGCGGAGCACGCCGGAGCCCGACCUCAGCUCCAUCCCUCAGGAUGCAGCCACCAUACCCAGCUUGGCAGCGCCACAGGCUCUCACAGUCUGCCUCUACAUCAACAAGCAAGCCAACGCAGGGCCGUACCUGGAGAGGAGGAAGGUACAGCAGCUCCCCGAGCACUUUGGGCCCGAGAGGCCGUCGGCUGUCCUGCAGCAGGCCGUGCAAGCGUGCAUCGACUGUGCCCACCAGCAGAAGCUGGUCUUCUCCCUGGUCAAGCAGGGCUACGGUGGUGAGAUGGUGUCAGGAGGUGGAAUUUUCCUGCUAUGUGACCAUCCAGGCACCUCUGGGAAUGUAUACACACUGAUUUAUGGCACAGGCCUGAUGACCCAGACCUUCCUGCUGUGGGUUCAGUUUCCAGCACACCUACUCUUUCAAGUCUCCGCAUCCUUUGACGGGAAGCAGCACCUGCGGAGUCUGCCCGUGGUGAACACUAUUGGGUACGUCCUCCGCUUCCUUGCCAAGCUGUGCCGAAGCCUCCUGUGUGACGACCUCUUCAGCCACCAGCCGUUCCCCAGGGGCACCAGCGCCUCCGAGGAAGCCCCUGAGAGCCAGGAAGACAGGAUGGAGUCAGCAAAAACAGUCACCACUGAGGAGUGCCUGGUGAACCCUGCGAGCAUGAGCCGCUACAGCGUGGACUCCUCCUCCGCCUUUAGCCACAGGGGCUCCCUGCCCACCUCCUCUUCGUUGUACUGCAAGAGGCAGAACUCUGGAGACGGCCACCUUGGGGGAGGCUCAGCCACCACAGUUGGUGGUCCCCAUACCAGCCCCAUGCCCUCUGGAGGCCCCUCAGCACCUGGGCUGAGGCCCCCUGGCUCCAGCCCCAAGAGAAACGGGACCUCUCUUGAAGGAAACAGAUGUGCCUCAAGCCCUUCUCCGGACAGGCAGGACACCCGGCGGCCAAGGAGCAGGAACCCCUCUACCUGGUCCGUGGAGGAUGUGGUCUGGUUCGUGAAAGACGCAGACCCGCAGGCUCUGGGGCCCCACGUGGAGCUCUUCCGGAAGCAUGAGAUUGAUGGCAAUGCCCUCCUGCUGCUGAAGAGUGACAUGAUCAUGAAAUACUUGGGCCUAAAGCUGGGACCUGCACUGAAACUCUGCUACCAUAUCGAUAAACUGAAGCAAGCCAAGUUCUGAAGGUGUUUAAAAGAUAGAAGCAAAAUCCAGACAACAGAUCUCCAGAUCCUCUUCUGCCUUAACAACAUUUGCCACCAUCACAAAGAUUCUCUCCUGAACAAGAACAGCCACAAAGACUUGGUCUUUUUAUAAAACUCGUGCAUCUUGACCUUUUAAAAAAUUCAACAUGGCCCUUUUGAAAGGUUCUUCUGUGUUGAUGAUUUGCCAAAAAAUUACAAAGAAGCCUGUUAUUUUUAACAUUUCUGGUAGGUUGGUUGCUCUUAGGGUGGGUACUGUUUUUAUAAUGAGAAUGUGGAGAACUGAAUGCUAUCACCCAAGGAGGACACUGGAGACGUCCAAGGAUGUGAGAAGAACCUUUGUCCCUGCAGGCUCUGCGGGGACGCCCACCGCAGCACUACCUGUCUUUAGCUCUGACUUGGGGACCCUAUCAUUGUGAGCCUUGCUUAAUUCAGCUCUGGAAGCUGUCUUCUGAGGAUAAAUGCCUCACCUUGCACUAUCUGGAAAACUUGAAUUCUUUCACUCUCUGAAAGAGAAGGGAAAAAAAAAGUCUUUUCUAUUCCUAGUUAUCUGAAGUACUGUGUUUCCCCACUAGAGGGAAGACUGCUAAUGUAUUUUCCGGACCCUCACUUCAGCAGCCUGAUAUUCAAUACCCAGUGGAUGGAUUAGGGUUUCUGUGAACAAGACCUAGCCUACACAGACACAGGGAAUUUAUUCCACACUCAGCACCACAGAUUGCAACUUGGGAAGAAACCGUCUUCUAGAAGGUUCUAGUUCAUAUCCAAUCAUUACUGACUGACUGAGGUGCACCAGCAGCAAAGUCAAGAAUUUGGAAGCACGUUCUUCCCAGAUGGGGCUUUGGAGUUCCUUCCCUUCCAGCGUCAUUACUGAGGUGUCGAUGUAUUGGCAUGCCGCAGAGCUUAGUGACAUUUAGCCAUGGUGUUUCUUUAAAAAAGAAGAAAGAUGUCUCUACUAAGCUUUGAAACGGGAGAGUGUUGAUUUCUAGUUACAUCGUGGGAUUAUAUAGUUGUAUGUGUGGCUAAUUUUAAUAAUAAUAGCAUGUACACAGACAUGCUAUUAUUGGGUUUAAUUCAAUUUACAAAUAGGUUUUCCUUUCUCACCGUGGAGUAAUAGAAAAAAAUUGAUUUCUACCCUUUUGCAGCUGUGUCCAGAGACGGACAAUGAAUCCACAAUUUACUAGGCAGAAGGGCAGCCUUGUCUCCAUUCUUCUUUUGAUCCUUUUCCUUUCUCUCUCUCCCUGUCUCUUUUUUCCUUCCUCUCUCACUGAAUAGGAAACGUAUCUUCAAAAUGAAUUUGCCUUUGCCGUGGGCGUGUCCUCUUCCUUAAAAAACGUCCGUAGUGCUGUAAGGGAGGAGAUGAAUACUAGACUUUGUGAUCUCUGGGAGGGGGAAGAUCAAGGGCCACUCAGGGCCUCCCUUGGCCCAAAUGCAAAUCAGAAAAGGCACACCAUCCUCGGGAUGCAGCCUGGACGGGCGUCUUGGCCGGUGAGUGGAGCAGGGUGGGAUUGCAGCCUUCUCACCCCUCCACCAGGUGACCUUGUGCAGGACAAGACCUGUACAAACUUGAGGGCAGCCCUGGGUAGAUCUGUGUAUUGAUCCUCUAUAAAUCAGUUAGAACUUGGACAAGGAUCAUAAGAAACAUUCCAAGCCAUGCUCUUAGACCCACUUGAUGAGUGGUAUUUGAGAAAGCACAUCAGAGCAAAAUCCUUUUUAGACACGCAAAUGGUGGCGGACUUAAAGCGUGACAGAAAAGGGAUAAAGCAGAGUGUCCUAAAAC